AUGGCAAAGAUUACAGACAUCAAGAACCCACUCACAAGCUCAGGCAAUAUCCUUAAUAUUGGCGAUUGGCUCGGCGCUAUCUGGUGGGUAGUAUUUUUCGGUACAACAUUCGCAAUUGGUGCUAAGGUAGUUCAGGCACUCGAUGCUAAGCUUCCAGGAGGUUUAACUAUGGCUAACAAUGCUUAUUAUGCUGGUACAUUUAACGAAGAUAUCGUUUGUUCAGAAGAUACAGGCUCUGGCGUAGUUCUUACUCCGGGUAUGUAUGUUCCUAUUGGUAAGUAUGUAGUUAAGGCUGACGAAAGAGUAGGUCUCGGUAGAGGUUCAUACGAUUCACAGAACAGCGCAAUCGGUCACCUUUUCGCUCAGUUCUUUGACACAACUGGCACACCUGUUCAGAUUACUAACGGCAAGUUCAGAGUUCUUCUCGAAUCAUCACAGGGUAUUCCUAUCGGUGGUCGUCCUGUAUGGGUUGACGUAGAUCUUAACCAGAUUGCAACAGGUAAGGAUACACCAUCAGAAAGAUACGCUUUCCCAUUUGAGGACGUAGUUCUUUCAGAAGAUAGAGUUUUUAAGUUCCUCAUUAAGAACAACGGCUCACAGGCUGUUACUCUUUCAAAGGCUAACUCUAAGGUUAUCUGCGACGUAACAAGAGUUAUGAUCUAA